GUAGAGCAGAGAUCUGUACUUUGAGACAGGAGCACGAGUCAGUCUUUGAUUCAGGUUUGAUUCCUCUGGUUCCUGUGGUUCCUCUGGUUUCUGUGGUUGAUCCCAGUUGUUGAAAUGGCUCAGGAGAAUCUGUCGGUGGUGCUGCACGCGCAGGGAGACCUCAGACUGGAAAAGCUUCCAAUUCCAGAGCCAGGGCCUGAUGAUGUCCUGCUCAAGAUGCACUCUGUGGGAAUCUGCGGGUCAGACGUUCACUACUGGCAGCACGGACGAAUCGCGGACUACGUGGUCACCAAGCCGAUGGUGCUGGGCCACGAGGCGUCAGGGCAGGUGGUGAAGGUCGGGUCGGCAGUCAAGCAUCUUAAAGUGGGGGACAGAGUGGCCAUUGAGCCCGGCGUCCCCCGUGAGAUGGACGAGUUCUGCAAAAACGGACGAUACAACUUGUCUCCCACCAUCUUCUUCUGUGCCACGCCCCCUGACCAUGGGAACCUGUGCAGAUUCUACAAGCACAGCGCCAACUUCUGCUACAAGCUGCCUGAUAAUGUGACCUAUGAGGAGGGAGCUCUCAUUGAACCUCUGUCUGUGGGGAUCCACGCCUGCCGCAGGGCCGGCGUCACCCUCGGCAGCACCGUGCUCAUCUGUGGUGCAGGGCCCAUUGGGUUGGUCUGUUUACUUGUGGCCAAGGCGAUGGGGGCCUCACAGGUCAUCAUCACUGAUCUGUCCCCAGAACGUCUGACGAUGGCCAAAGAGCUGGGGGCGGACUUCCAGGUGACAGUGAAGAGAGAGGACGAACCCAAGCAGCUCGCCAAGCGUGUGGAGGACAUGCUCGGAGCUCCGCCUCACAUCACUGUUGAGUGCAGUGGUGUGGAGAGCAGCAUCCAGACGGCCAUCUAUGCAACACGCUUGGGAGGCGUGGUGGUGCUGGUGGGUCUCGGCUCUGAGCUGGUCACUAUUCCUCUGAUCAAUGCUGCUUUGAGAGAAGUGGACAUCAGAGGAGUUUUCCGCUACUGCAACACCUGGCCGAUGGCGAUCAACAUGCUGGCGUCAGGUAAAGUGAACGUGAAGCCCCUGGUGACCCACCGCUUUCCCCUGGAGCAGGCAGCCCAGGCCUUUGAGACCACGCGUCAGGGGGUUGGGAUAAAGGUCAUGUUAAAGUGUGACCAGAACGACCAGAACCCCUGAUCUGACCCCAGUGCAGCGGAAACACACGAGAGCGACUCAGCGUGACGAGCAGACAACUAGAAACUGGACAUUGACCCCAAGAGAGAUAAUAGAGGUAGUUUAAAGAAACGCAAAUAACAGAACUGACUGUUGUUUCACCUGCAGUUCGGACAUAGAGUUAAAUGGUACGAAUAAUAAACAACAUUUUAAUUUCUUUACAUUGCUGCUAAUUUUAGUUUGUUUACACAAAGUAAUUAAACUUUUUAAAAUAAUGAAUCUUAAAUUUCAAAAUGUGUUGUGGUUCUUUAUAGAUAGAUAAUUAUACUUAUAUCAAGAUGAGCGAGACUGCAGGACCUGCACUUCCUAGUUCUCAGCACUAGGGGGAACCAGAGUUUUAAAGUGAAUAGCCAAUUGUAUCAAUUCCUUGAACAGUAUGUGAUUAUAAUAAUUGUCAUGAUUAACAGUUCUACCAUUGGUAUACAAUGAAUUCAUGAGCUUAACUGUGCAGGAAUCAGGACAUGAGAAAAUCCUGCUCAGAUUCAUGUUGGUCCAGCUGCAGCUUUGAAAUACCACUUUAAAUUUAUUGACAUUUUAUUCAUUUAAUUAAUAGAUUUAAUUAACAUUUAAUCACUGCACUCAUGACCCGCUUCAGUUCAACAUGAUGUAUUGGCAACAUGCACUUUGCAUAACCUGUUCAUUACGCUGGUAAAAUGGUUUCCAGUUGCUGUGAGCAGCUUUUAUUUCCACAUGUUCAAACUCUACUUGGAAUUAGUCUGUGGUGUGAAACUGUGAAACACGUAGGAGCUCCAAUAAUUAAACAUCCUGACAAUUAAACCCAACUCAGAAUCUAACUGAAAAUAAAUCUCACUAAAAUGAAAGAUAGAAUAUUUGUCAAAUUUAUGAGAUUUCUGUUUCAUACCAAAUUAAAAUCAUGAGGUUAA